UGGCCAUUCGCGGUGGCAUGCAUGUAUGUCAUUGUCGGCAUUGAGAGAGUCGUGAACCCGCCAAGUGGGAUCGGUUUAAUGGAAAUUUAUUAUCCAGGAACAGGCAGCAAACCUCUCACCAUAAUACUCUUAGCGGUAUUCUAAUUUUACAUGUUCGAAUGCGUUGUCGCCAACAUCACAGGGUUGAGCGGUCAAACCUGGGCCGCAUCAAGAGACAACUGCUACCCCUUAUCGACUUGGUUGUCGCAAAUUCAUCCGCAGUUCCAAAUACCUGUAAACGCUGCCGUCCUGUCGGCUAUUUCCACCACGCUCUACGGUCUGAUCUAUGUAGAAUCAACAACGGCGUUCACGUCUAUGGUAAACGCCAAUAUCGUUUGUAUGAUGACUUCGUAUAUCAUCCCUCACGAUAUCGUGGCCUGGAGGGGCCGUUCUACAGUGCUUCCAGGGUGGCUAUUUGACCUUGAGAAAUGGGGACAGCUGGUGAAUGUUAGGAGCUGUUUGUGAGUUGGUGUGUUGGGCGUCGUGGCCUGAUUUCCUACCAAGCUCCCCGUCACUGCUUCUAACAUGAAUUGGGUUAGGUGAGAGAGGCCUUGCCUUGAUGAACUCUAUCCGCUUCAGUUAUUAUUACCAGAGAAUGGGGAUAGUAAUUUCAAGUUUCUUGUAGUA